AGAAAUAGUAAUAUGUUUUCUCAUUGCAUUCUAACUCAGGUAGCUAAGGCAGGUGACAAUUUCAACUGGCGCCAGACCACCUGCCCUGGUAUGUGUACACAGGUGAUAGGUGCGACCUCAGGUCUCCCCAGGGGGAUUGUCGCGAAGGGAAGGCAUGUGUCGACCUCAUUAAGGCUGUGGUUGACCGUUGACCCAUCCCCAAAACCCCGCCUCUAAUGCAUCUAGAGGGUGUAUUCAUUCACAGAUCACAGUACCAGCAGGACUGAGCAAGUCAGUCUAUUCUCGUCUUCCACAGUCGGAUGUUGUGAGAAUCUGCCAGCCUGAUCGACAUUACUUUUUUUAAGUGCUUUACUCAGUGACAAUGAGUAAGUGGCCUAAGUACGGCAAGAAAUAUAGCAAACAUUGGGAGAAAGAAGACGGACUAAAAGAAUGGAUUUUGAGUGUUCCGGGUGACGAUUACCAUGCAGCUUGCAAAUUUUGCAAAAGUACAAUAAGAGCCCAUCACACUGACCUGAUCAAUCAUAGUAAGACAGAAAAACAUAAGAAAAAUGCCAUGCCUUUCUCAAACAUGAGGACCUUAUUCAAUUCUGAAAUUCCCAAAAUAUAUGUACAUAUUGGGCUCUUUUUGGCUGGUUUUUGGGUGGGACUAGGCGGGAGCGCAGUCUGCGACCUGGCAACCCUGCGCUCACCCACAGCAGUCUGCAACAAAGCGCGGAACUCGCAGUAUAUGUUGAAGGAUCGGUGAUCUUGCCGAAAACGUCGAGAAAUUGCAUGACAGAUCAGCACUCCAUAGACCAGACCAGAACCCAGACCACUGCCCUACUUACCACCAACUGUCUGGCCUCCCCAGGGACAGACAUUGGUGCUGCAGUGGAGGCUGUGAGGUUGGUUGGUAAGCAUGAGUGAUCAACAGCAGCAGCAAUCUGCAUCAGAUUGGGGGAGUCACAGGCUUGUUGGCAAAAACCACCAGGAGGCAGGAAGUUCCAGCCACAGAAGAGAGAAAAGAGAGAAAUUUGAGUGCCAAUUGUGUGAUAAAACUUUUAAAGGAAGAAGUGGGCUUAAUUACCACACACUGGCACACAGCAGUGCUAAGAAUUAUGAAUGUAUGGAAUGUGAAAAAAAAUUUACUUCCAAAUCUUCCCUCAACAUACACACUCGAACACACAGUGGUGUUAUGAAUUAUGAGUGUGUAGAAUGUGGAAAGAAAUUUACUUGCAAGUCUUCUCUCAAGACACACAGUCUGGUACACAGUGGUGUUAGAAAUUAUGAAUGUUUGGAAUGUGGGAAGAAAUUUACCCAAAAGGGUAGUCUCAGGACACACAGCCUGAUACACAGUGGUGUUACAAAUUAUGAAUGUUUAGAAUGCAGAAGGAAAUUUACCCAAAAGGGUAACCUUGCUAAACAUAUCCUGACUCACAGUGGUAUUAAAAACUAUGAAUGUCUUGAAUGUGGCAAGAAAUUUACUCAAAAGGGUAACCUCACCACACACACCCUGAUCCACAGUAGUGAUAGAAGAAAUUAUGAGUGUUUUGAGUGUGGUAAGAAAUUUACUGCCAAAUCUUCCCUCGCUAGACACACCCUGAUACACAAUGGUGUUAAAAAUCAUGAAUGUCUUGAAUGUGGGAAGAAAUUUCUAAGAAAGUCUUGCCUUGAUACACACACCCUGACACACAAUGGUGUUAAGAAGUAUGAAUGUCUUGAAUGUGGAAAGAAAUUUAGCAUAAAGGGGAAUUUCAACAAACACAUCCUGAUACACAGUGGUGUUAGAAAUUAUGAGUGUGAAGAGUGUGGUAAAAAAUUUUCAACCAUUACUGUUCUUAAUAAACAUGCCUUCAGACACACUGGCUUGAGGGAUUUCAAGUGUGAUAUUUGUAAUAAGUGUUUCAAGACAAAGCCCGAGAUUGCUGUGCACAUGAGGAUCCACUUUUGAAGUGUUGUACCUUUACUUGUGUAACUGUGUGGUGGUACAUGUACCUA